AUGAAAAAAGGGCCUACUGUGCGGAGUACUUCAGAAACUAGAACAGCACGGCACUGGACAGUUGAAAAGCUUGUUCAGGGAGAUUCUCCUCUAUGGGUUAAAGUCAUCAUUUUCAUUAUUCGUAUUUGGCUUUUCAUCUACGAUUACUUGAACUACAUACCCUAUCGUCUCUUUGAUUCUCCUGAAAGGAAGAAGGAAAGGAGCAGCAGAAUUAAGGCAAAAUCGGUUGGCUCUCCAGUCGGCCCCUGGAGAAAUGUUGAAGGUUUGAUGAACGAAACUUAUCCAGGCAUAAAUACAGUGGACAAACUAUUCAGCUAUGUGACCAAACUUAAUUAUGACAAACAAUUAAUGGGGACCCGCGAGAUUAUAGCAAUACAUGAAGAACCACAGUCAGACGGAAGAAUUUUUGAAAAGUAUGAAAUGGGAGCAUACCAUUGGCUUACUUAUGGUGACGUGGAUCGAAAAGUCGGAUAUCUGGCUGCCGCACUUCGGAAAAUUGCUAGUGACAACGCUAAGGUUAUUAUUUUCGCGGAAACUCGUGCUGAAUGGUUGAUAAGCGCUCUUGCUUGCAUGCGAGCCAAUAUCGUUAUUGUAACUGCCUACGCAACUCUUGGUGAAGCUGCAAUUGUUGAGGCCAUUAAUGAUACUGGAGCCAGUAUCUUGAUAACUUCGGCCGAGUUGACACCUGUAGUGAAGGGCAGUUACAAGAAAUGUCCGUCGCUUGAAACUUUAAUCUAUUUGCCAGUAAUUAAUAAGAAUCGUACUAUUGACCCGACAACCUUUCGCGAUCAGUUCAAAAAUGUUUUCUCAUUUGAAGAAUUUGAAAAACUUUGCCCAACACCGAUUGAAACUUCAACGGCAACCAAAGACGAUCUUGCCCUGAUAAUGUUUACGAGUGGGACGACAGGUGCUCCAAAAGGCGUCAUGAUUACACAUGAGAACUUGAUCGGAGGUAUAGCGGGAAUGAGUGCGGGGGUAAAAGUGAUACAAAGAACGGAUACUAUUGUUUGUUAUCUACCACUUGCACAUAUCUUCGAAUUGCUAGCGGAAUUGUGUUGUAUGAUGCUGUUGUGUCGUCUUGGCUACUCCAGUGCAUUGACGCUUCACGACCGCGCACCUAAAAUCAAGCCUGGAACAAAGGGUGAUUGCUCCGUGUUGAAACCAACGGUUGUCUGCGGCGUACCGACUAUCUGGGACAGGGUCUUUAAAGCCGUUAAGGAAGAAGUUGCUACACAACCACGUUUAAUGCAAGAACUGUUCAAACUGUAUUACGAACGGAAAAGGGCCCGUUACGAAGAGGGCUAUCGAAGUCCGUUUCUUGACAGACUAAUCUUCAAGAAGAUAAGUAGAUUGUUAGGGGGCCAGAUGAAAAUACUGAUCAGUGGCGGUGCACCGCUAAACAGUGAAACUCAGAGGUUUCUGAAUAUUUGCAUGUGCUGUCAUGUUAUUCAGGGUUAUGGUUUGACAGAAACCACUGCAGCAGCUGCUAUUGCAGACCAUGAAGACCUUACAACUGGAUCUAGUGGGCCACCAUUACGAUGUUCACAGCUUUUGUUGCGCGAAUGGCAAGAAGGUGGUUACAGUCCUGAUAAUGAUCCUCCACAGGGAGAAAUACUGAUUGGAGGUGUAAAUGUGGCAAAAGGAUACUGGAACCAACCGGAGAGAACUGCAGAAAGUUUCUUGGUUAUCAAUGGUGUUAGGUAUUUCGCUACAGGCGACAUUGGUGAAAUGCGUGAAGACGGAUGUCUAAUGUUAAUUGAUCGGAAGAAAGAUCUGGUAAAGCUUCCUCACGGAGACUAUAUUGCAUUGGCUAAAAUUGAAACGGCGCUCAUAACAUUACCACUGCUUGAUGUUGUAUGUGUCUAUGGAAGCCCAUUGGAAGCUUAUUUGAUAGCACUGGUCGUACCAAACCAGAAGAACUUGUUAAAACUUGCGGAAGAGUUAGGAAUCACAGAAACUGACUGGAAAAAGUUGAGUAAAAACAGAAGGAUUAUCAAAGAGUGUGAAAAACUCGUUACUGCGCACUGUUUAAAGAAUGGAUUGUUGAAACGUGAAAUCCCAAGAAAGGUUUACCUAUGUGAUGAGGUUUGGACGCCAGAUACCGGUCUCGUAACUGAGGCAAUGAAACUUAAAAGGUUGCCGAUAAAGAGGAAAUACGCUGCAGUAAUUGAUUGGCUGUACGAGAGGAACGGCGACGGACAAGAAGAGCCCUUAUAG